ACUCUCUGCUCGUUGUAGUAGUUGUCGCAGUGAGCUUACACAAACUCACACACUCUUUUUCUAAGCUUCCGCAGCCACCACAGUGCUACUUCAAGAGCAAGCGAGAGAGAAAUGAUAGCUUCGUUGAGCUAAUCGCCGGAGGAAUUCGCCGUUUCCUUGCCGGAAAUUCGAGAUCUCACAAUCUCCGACGAAUUAGAUAGCUCUCUUUUUUCUUCUUAGUGGAAGGUCGGGUUAGGUUAGGGUUUAUAGGCUAUUUGUAUUUAUGGCUUCGGAGGAUGUGAAGACCGGCGAAUCCGCUGUAACGAAGAUCGUAAAUCUGGCGGAGGAGGCGAAGCUCGCCAGAGAAGGCGUGGUCAAGUCUCCCAACCAUGCUCUCGCGAGCAUCUGCAAGUCUCUCGUCGCCGGUGGAGUCGCCGGAGGAGUAUCACGAACAGCAGUUGCUCCCCUGGAACGGUUGAAAAUUUUGCUACAGGUCCAGAAUCCUCAUAGCAUAAAAUACAAUGGAACAAUACAAGGCCUAAAAUAUAUAUGGAGAACUGAAGGUUUCCGUGGACUGUUCAAAGGGAAUGGCACUAAUUGUGCUCGAAUCGUCCCUAAUUCUGCUGUGAAGUUCUUCAGUUACGAGCAAGCUUCUAAAGGUAUACUGCAUUUGUAUCGGCAGCAAACUGGAAAUGAGGAUGCUCAGCUGACUCCUGUUUUACGUCUUGGAGCUGGAGCAUGUGCUGGAAUAAUUGCUAUGUCUGCAACUUAUCCAAUGGACAUGGUUCGAGGCAGGAUAACUGUACAGACUGAGAAAUCCCCUUAUCAGUACAGAGGAAUGUUCCAUGCUUUGUCAACUGUGCUUCGGGAAGAAGGUCCGCGUGCUUUAUAUAAGGGCUGGCUUCCUUCAGUAAUUGGAGUUAUUCCUUAUGUAGGUCUCAACUUUGCUGUCUAUGAGUCUCUCAAAGACUGGUUAAUUACAUCCAAACCAUUUGGUAUAGUUAAAGAUUCUGAGUUGAGUGUGACAACACGCCUGGCUUGUGGUGCCGUUGCUGGGACCAUUGGACAAACUGUUGCUUACCCUCUUGAUGUCAUUCGUCGGAGAAUGCAGAUGGUGGGUUGGAACCAUGCUGCUUCUGUUCUAACUGGUGAUGGAAGAGGCAAAGUCCCGCUCGAAUACACUGGAAUGGUCGAUGCAUUUAGGAAAACUGUUCGGCAUGAGGGAUUUGGUGCAUUAUACAAGGGUCUGGUACCCAAUUCUGUAAAGGUGGUCCCAUCCAUAGCGAUUGCAUUUGUAACAUAUGAGAUGGUGAAGGACAUUUUAGGAGUUGAGAUCAGAAUAUCAGAUUAAAGUUUGAUAACCACAUGAUAUCUGUUUACCAGGUGUGGUUUUUUCUUUUUGUAGGCAAGGGGAUGCAGAGAUGGUAACUUACAGUAAUUUUCUUGUUUUUCAUCUUUCCAACGAUGAGUUUAGAAACUCUAGAUCUAGUGUCCAUAAAUUUUAUUCCCUUGUUCCUAUUUGUUUUCCUUGUGGUGCUGUAGUUUUCAGCUUCUUAUUCAUCUUCUAUGUCAAUAAGUGUUGUGGAAAAACAAUGCAAGGACAUAUCUGCCUAGCUUUAUGCACUAGUUAAGAAAGCAUUUUUCUUAGUGGAAUUUGUAAUGACUGAUAUUUGUGUUCUCCCUACCCUGUCCCAAUCCAUAGAAAAAAUAUACCAUUUGAAUGAAUGUAUUAAAACUUUUGCAUUGCUGUGUGCAUGUUUCUAAGC